AUGAGUCUUCAAAUGUCACGCAUCGAGAUCCGCCGCAUCAUGCUCCAUAUGCAUGCGACCUUGACUCAGGAUAACAUGUCGUUUCGUUCGGCUCAAUUGAAGACGCCGACUCGAAGCAUAAAAGCUCACAGCGUCAACUUCAAAGAGCUUUCCGUCAAAGCUAUCAUGUCUUUCAAGUUGGCGACGGCUAUUCUGGCUUUAGCCAGUGGCAUCUCUCAAGUCUCUGGUCAGAUCUGUGCCCAAAACAUCGUCACCACCCACGCGGGCCUCACGUUCUACCUUUACGAUGACUCGAUCCCAGAAAACAACUACCGGCCUCUUCAACUGAGGCCAAGCAAGGAUGGCCAGUUCAGCUACCUCGCCAUAGACAACACCUCCCCUCCGCUCCUCGCCAACCUAGACAACGGCGUCCUCGUCAGCGAAGGCCAAGCCUCUGACGGUACCAUCUUCGACUUAGGCCCCAAGGGCUUCCUGCAAAACUACACCACGAUCCCUCUUACAGUGCCCACUACCAUAGGGCAGCUUGCCUUUGCCAACACUUCGUCGUUUCCGAAUGCUUCGGACUCGAACUGGUUCCUGUCGGGAGCCAGCGGCACCAACACGUACAACUUGUGGCACAACGAGCCUGUAAACACUCUCAACGGCGUGCAGAUCUGUGAAGCGGAUUUUGAUCUCAAUGAGGAUGGGACUCCGUGGUACUACUUCCAAUAUGUGGAUUGGGUUUCGUACUUUCCGCCCAACUGCGAGUUUGUUGCGGUCUUGACAAAUGUCAGUUCGUCGGACCAGCCAACCUGUUAA